AUGGCUCAAGCUAUCGCUGGAGGAUCGGAUCGUUAUGGUCAGCUCGAGAAUAUCGACCAGGCAUUCCACGACUUCAUGACACGAUACAAUAAGAAGUAUGAGACGGAUGAGCAGUACCAGGUUGCAAAGGCUGCUUUUGCAAGAAACGUAAGGGAGAUAGAAGAACUGAGAGCGAACGACUCACAAGAUCUCAUCAUGGAUCUUCCUCCGUCGAUUGAUUGGGAAGCCGCUGGCGCUUUGGCUCCAGUCAGGAAUCAAAAGGCUUGUGGUGCCUGCUACGCCAUAAACGCUGCCAUCGUCAUGGAGAGCCGUUUCAAGAUACAAACCAAAAUUACUAAAGUGGUCCCGUUCUCAGUUCAACAGAUAGUUGACUGUAGUGGACCCAACGAAAACAAUUUAAGCUAUCCCUAUAAGGCUAAGGCCGGCAGGUGUAAGACGUCCAUCACUAAUGAUCCGAAGGAGCAGUGUCUCAAGAGUGGUGAUAUUGCUUCAAUCCCGAUUGUACCGGCAGCCAACGAGGCUCUAAUGAUGCAAGCUGUGGCUACCGGGCCCGUGACGGUUAGAUUGUGGGAGCACGCGCGCCUAGAAGCGAAGAACGUCUUCGUUCAACUUCGUAGUCAAGAGCUGUGGAGUCGCUCCCGUAAGUCAUACGGUAACUAUCGUGGGUUACAACACUUCCUCGAAGGGGAGUUCGGUGAGUUUAAAAUAUCUAAGUAUUGGAAGAUUCUCAACACCUGGGGGGAAUCUUGGGGACUGAGAGGUUUCGCUUACAUCGAACGAACCGGCAACGAACCAGUUACUAUUUGGUUCUACACGGGUCAGAGCUUGGACGGACUCACUCAAGAGGGUGAACUAGGGUAUAACGUGGUAUAUCGAGGUAUGGCGUCUGAACCACCACAAAGGCACACGCUUCUGCUCAGAACUUCCAGGUUGGAAGAUCUCCUUGAGCAGGAGGAUCCUUCUAAGGACUUCAUCCGCGACCUGAGAGUGUGUGAGAUCGCCAAGCUCUUUGCACUGCGGGGUUGCUGGGGAGAAAUUGAUGAUAACGAGAAAUAUGAGGAGCUUAGAGCCGCUUUGGGCACAUCACUCAUAUUUGGCUCGCCGCGAUAUAUCGACAGUAUCACCCUGGAAGGCAAAGUCGUGGAAGGUACCGAAGUCUGGGUCGACGCUGCUAGAUGCAACCGCCGUUAUGCUAGACAGGUGCCAGUGAUUCAGCUCAGAGAGCGAGUCAAGAAGUUGAAGAUUGAUAGCGAUGUGCUUGAGGGUUUACUGAUGAGAUUGGAGUUCCACAAAAAGAGAGGACGUCCACCAGUGUAG